CCAGGCGCUCGCCGGGAUCCCGGUGCAGCGAGAGGAGGGGGGUAGUCCCGGUAGCUCCUGCCUCCCAGCGAUGGCGCCGCUGUGCCGCGCCCAGUCUUCUGCCUGUCCGCCCGUACUCGCAGCUAUUGGGAGCACGGUCAGACGGUGAGGAUUGAAGCGGGUCCGAGGGAGCGGCGGGACGCUGCCUGCCACGGGGACCAUGAGGAGCCUUCAGACCUGUGCGGCCGAGAGCGGGAGCAGCCUGCUGAGAGGCACCUGCUGAGAGGAAAGAGGGAGCCGCCGGGUGCGGCGGCGCGGCGGGGUGCGACGGAGGCUCGCGAGUGCCUCGGCCAUGUCGCUGCUCUGUGUACGCGUUAAAAGAGCCAAAUUUCAGGGUUCACCAGAUAAAUUUAACACAUAUGUGACCCUGAAAGUGCAGAAUGUGAAGAGCACAACUGUAGCAGUUCGUGGUGAUCAACCUUCUUGGGAACAAGAUUUUAUGUUUGAGAUUAGUCGCCUGGACCUGGGUCUAAGUGUGGAAGUAUGGAACAAAGGACUGAUCUGGGACACCAUGGUUGGGACUGUGUGGAUUGCACUGAAGACUGUUCGUCAGUCGGAUGAGGAAGGGCCUGGGGAGUGGUCCACGUUGGAGGCAGAGACAUUGAUGAAAGAUGAUGAGAUCUGUGGAACUAAAAACCCAACUCCUCAUAAGAUUUUGCUUGAUACAAGAUUUGAGUUGCCUUUUGAUAUCCCAGAGGAGGAAGCCAGAUAUUGGACCUACAAAUUGGAACAAAUCAAUGUCUUGGAAGCUGAGAGUGAGUAUUCUAUUCAAGAAGAAAGCCAGAGGAAGCCAUUGCCCACUGCUGCCGCCCAGUGUUCUUUUGAAGAUCCUGAUAGUGCCGUUGAUGACCGGGAUAGUGACUAUCGCAGUGAGACCAGCAAUAGCAUCCCACCUCCUUAUCAUACAACUUCCCAGCCCAACGCUUCUCUGCACCAGUUUCCCGUGCCCAUGCGAUUGCCACAGCAGCUGCUACUUCAGGGCAAUUCCCGGGAUUCUUGCAAUGACUCCAUGCAAAGUUACGAUCUUGAUUAUCCAGAGCGGCGGGCCCUUAGCCCCACCAGCAGUAGUAGGUAUGGCUCAUCCUGUAAUGUGAGUCAAGGAAGCUCUCAGUUGAGUGAACUAGACCAGUGUCACGAACAAGAUGAUGACCGUCGGGAGAGGGAUUCAAUUCAUUCAUGCCACAGCUCUGGCAGCUUCUCCAGAGACGGCCAGGUGGGCUUUGGAGAACAAGAGAAAGCCUUGGAGGUAACAGGUGAAGAAGAGAAGGGGAGAGUGUGUGAACCCAAGGACAAGAAAGAAGAUACCACAACCCAUCCUCCCCCAGAUCUGGUGCUACCCAAAGACCACGUCCUAGGCCCCCAGGAGAGUUUUCCUGAGGAGAAUGGUUCUUCACCAUUUACCCAAGCAAGAGCUCACUGGAUCCGAGCAGUUACCAAGGUUCGACUCCAGCUGCAGGAGAUUCCGGAUGAUGGUCACCCUUCUUUGCCCCAGUGGCUUCCAGAAGGGCCUGCUGGAGGGCUCUAUGGCAUUGACAGCAUGCCAGAUCUACGCAGAAAGAAACCACUGCCACUUGUCAGUGAUCUGUCAUUGGUCCAGUCCCGGAAAGCAGGAAUUACUUCUGCAAUGGCUACACGUACCUCUCUGAAGGAUGAAGAGCUGAAAUCCCAUGUGUAUAAGAAAACCCUGCAGGCUUUAAUCUACCCAAUCUCGUGCACCACACCCCACAACUUUGAAGUCUGGACAGCCACUACCCCAACCUACUGCUAUGAGUGUGAAGGUCUGCUCUGGGGCAUUGCCCGGCAGGGCAUGCGCUGCAGCGAGUGUGGAGUCAAGUGCCAUGAGAAGUGCCAAGACCUGCUCAACGCCGACUGCCUGCAGCGGGCUGCAGAAAAGAGUUCUAAACAUGGAGCUGAGGACCGGACCCAGAACAUAAUCAUGGCGAUGAAGGACCGCAUGAAGAUCCGAGAGCGGAAUAAGCCAGAGAUCUUUGAGGUCAUCCGAGAUGUCUUUACUGUGAGCAAAGUUGCCCAUGUGCAACAGAUGAAAACAGUGAAGCAGAGUGUACUGGAUGGCACCUCCAAAUGGUCAGCCAAAAUUACCAUCACUGUGGUGUGUGCCCAGGGCCUACAAGCCAAGGACAAGACAGGAUCCAGUGACCCUUAUGUGACUGUGCAAGUGGGCAAAACCAAGAAGCGUACCAAGACUAUUUUUGGGAACCUGAAUCCUGUUUGGGAAGAGAAGUUCCAUUUUGAGUGCCACAACUCUUCUGACCGCAUUAAGGUACGUGUAUGGGAUGAGGAUGAUGACAUCAAGUCAAGAGUAAAGCAACGGCUAAAGCGAGAGUCCGAUGAUUUCCUUGGCCAAACCAUUAUUGAGGUUCGGACACUGAGUGGCGAGAUGGAUGUCUGGUACAACUUGGAGAAGAGGACAGAUAAAUCAGCUGUCUCAGGGGCUAUCCGACUACAAAUCAGUGUGGAGAUCAAGGGAGAGGAGAAAGUAGCGCCAUAUCAUGUGCAGUAUACGUGUCUCCAUGAGAACCUUUUCCAUUACCUCACAGACAUUCAGGGUAGUGGAGGAGUCCUGAUCCCUGAGGCUCGCGGAGACGAUGCAUGGAAGGUGUACUUUGAUGAGACUGCCCAAGAAAUUGUGGAUGAAUUUGCCAUGCGCUAUGGCAUCGAGUCCAUAUAUCAGGCCAUGACGCACUUUGCAUGUUUGUCAUCCAAGUACAUGUGUCCUGGUGUGCCUGCAGUGAUGAGCACCUUAUUGGCCAACAUCAAUGCCUACUAUGCCCAUACAACUGCCUCUACCAAUGUCUCUGCAUCUGAUCGCUUUGCAGCCUCCAACUUUGGGAAAGAGAGAUUUGUAAAACUACUGGACCAGCUGCACAACUCACUGAGGAUUGACCUCUCUACCUACAGGAAUAAUUUCCCUGCUGGAAGCCCUGAGCGGCUUCAGGACUUGAAGUCAACAGUGGAUUUGCUGACCAGCAUUACUUUCUUCAGAAUGAAGGUACAAGAACUGCAGAGCCCUCCAAGAGCCAGCCAAGUGGUAAAGGAUUGUGUGAAGGCCUGUUUGAACUCCACAUAUGAGUAUAUCUUCAACAACUGCCAUGACUUGUAUAGUCGCCAGUACCAGCUGAAACAGGAGCUACCUCCAGAGGAACAAGGACCCAGCAUUCGGAACCUGGAUUUUUGGCCCAAACUCAUCACGCUCAUUGUGUCAAUCAUAGAGGAAGAUAAGAAUUCCUACACACUCGUUCUGAACCAGUUUCCUCAGGAAUUGAAUGUGGGAAAAGUCAGCGCAGAAGUGAUGUGGCAGCUCUUUGCCCAAGACAUGAAAUAUGCACUGGAGGAGCAUGAGAAGGACCGGCUGUGUAAGAGUGCUGACUACAUGAACCUGCACUUCAAGGUGAAGUGGCUUCACAAUGAAUACGUGCGAGAUCUGCCUGCCCUGCAGGGGCAGGUGCCUGAGUACCCAGUGUGGUUUGAGCAGUUUGUCCUGCAAUGGCUGGAUGAAAAUGAGGAUGUGUCCCUGGAAUUCCUGCGUGGGGCUCUGGAACGAGAUAAGAAGGAUGGGUUCCAGCAGACAUCAGAGCAUGCACUCUUUUCCUGCUCUGUGGUGGACGUCUUCACACAGCUCAACCAGAGCUUUGAGAUCAUCCGGAAGCUGGAGUGCCCAGACCCCAACAUCCUUGCCCACUACAUGAGGAGAUUUGCUAAGACCAUCGGGAAGGUGUUGAUGCAGUAUGCAAACAUCUUAUCAAAGAGCUUCCCAGAUUAUUGCACAAAGGAGAAAAUGCCCUGCAUCCUGAUGAACAACAUGCAGCAACUGAGGGUCCAGCUGGAGAAAAUGUUUGAGGCCAUGGGAGGCAAGGAGUUGGACCCUGAAGCUGCAGACAGUUUGAAGGAGCUGCAGGUGAAACUGAAUACAGUUCUGGAUGAGCUCAGCAUGGUAUUUGGAAACAGUUUUCAGGUGCGGAUUGAUGAGUGUGUUCGACAAAUGGCUGACAUCCUGGGCCAGGUGCGAGGCCCAGGGAAUGCAUCCCCCAACGCCAGGGCCUCUGUGGCUCAGGAUGCAGAUAGUGUGCUCCGGCCUCUCAUGGACUUCCUGGAUGGCAACCUCACUCUCUUUGCCACUGUGUGUGAGAAGACAGUCCUGAAGCGUGUACUGAAGGAGCUCUGGAGGGUGGUCAUGAACACAAUGGAAAGGAUGAUUGUCCUGCCCCCACUCACUGACCAGACGGGCACCCAGCUGAUCUUUACUGCUGCCAAGGAACUGAGCCAUCUUUCUAAGCUCAAGGACCACAUGGUGCGAGAGGAAACGCGGAGUCUCACUCCAAAGCAGUGUGAAGUCCUUGACCUCGCUCUGGACACUAUCAAGCAAUACUUUCAUGCAGGAGGUAAUGGGCUGAAGAAAACCUUCCUGGAGAAGAGCUCAGAUCUGCAGUCUCUACGCUAUGCCCUGUCUCUCUACACACAGACCACAGAUACACUCAUCAAAACCUUUGUGCGCUCACAGACUGCCCAGGGAUCUGGUGUGGAUGAUCCUGUGGGAGAAGUCUCUAUUCAGGUGGACUUGUUUACACAUCCUGGAACUGGGGAGCACAAGGUCACAGUGAAAGUGGUAGCUGCCAAUGACCUCAAGUGGCAGACAGCGGGUAUGUUCCGGCCCUUUGUGGAAGUGACCAUGGUUGGCCCACACCAAAGUGAAAAGAAGAGGAAGUUCACAACCAAGUCAAAAAGCAACAACUGGGCUCCCAAGUACAAUGAGACAUUUCACUUCCUCCUGGGAAAUGAAGAAGGGCCAGAAGCCUAUGAAUUGCAAAUAUGUGUGAAGGAUUACUGCUUUGCCCGUGAGGAUCGUGUUUUGGGGCUGGCUGUGAUGCCUCUGAGGGAUGUAGCAGCCAAGGGCAGCUGUGCUUGCUGGUGUCCCUUGGGCCGGAAGAUCCACAUGGAUGAGACAGGCAUGACUAUUCUCCGGAUUCUAUCUCAAAGGAGCAAUGACGAAGUGGCUCGAGAGUUUGUGAAGCUCAAAUCGGAGUCUCGUUCCAUGGAAGAGGGGAGCUGAGCACCUAGAUUCCUGUGCCAACCAAAUGGCAUCAGUUCCACAAGUUAGGGCCAGUGAGAGUUACUGUGUAGCCAGCUUAGGGUCCUCAUAGUCAAGGGGCUGACUCCUUCAGUUUAAGGAAAUUUAAGGAAAAAUUGGGGUGAUCAGAAUAUGUCUUUUCAUAGAAAGGGUCACAAAUCCCUGACCAGUAGGUCUGUGGUGCUAGGAGCUGGGCUGUGGGGGCUACUGCAUAGGGAGGUUUUCCAUAAAGGGAGGGACAGGCAUCUCUGAGAGUGUUAGCCAUUCUUGGUAGACACCCCUUCACCCCACACCCCAUCUCUACCCCUCUCCAUGCCAUACAUUAUCCAGUUAGACUUAUCCAUAUCAACCAUUAGAAGAACACAGAGAGCCUGGAGCAUGUACCUAGUUAGCUAAAUAGUCAGUUGAGCCUACAGUUGUUGCUGAGCCCUAUAGUCUGGAUUGGGAGUAUGACCAGGGCAUGAACAUACAGAACAGAAUUUAGACCAUACCUUGGGAGCAGGAUCCACUAGUUUUAUGGAGCUCCAUGAAAACAAGGCUUUGAGGGCAGCCCAGGUGGCUCAGCGGUUUAGUGCUGCCUUCAGCUCAGGGCCUGAUCCUGGAGACCUGGGAUCGAGUCCCACAUCGGGCUCCCUGCAUGGAGCCUGCUUCUCCCUCUGCCUGUGUCUCUGCCUCUCUGUGUCUAUCAUGAAUAAAUAAAUAAAAUCUUAAAAAAAAAAAAGAAAAAGAAAACAAGGCUUUGAGACUGAACAAGAUACCUUCUAGAAAUGAGCUGUGCUAAUCCUUUCCCCCAAAUUAUACAUCAUGAGUAGAAUGAGGUUUACAUGGUACUUCGAGCCCUUAGCAGAAUACUUUUGGAACCCAGGCACCAGAGGCCCCCUGCCCAGGAGCCCCCUCCCUCACUCCUGUAAGAAGGGGAGCAAUGAUGUUUUCACACAUGAGAGGCUGUUCCUUUGUGUAUGUACCUGAGGGCUAGUUGAAGGAUCCAGGAGAGAGGGUUGUGUUUUCUUCUUGGGUAGGCUCUGAACAAAGCCAAAAAUUAUAGAAACCAGUCUAGAAGCAGUCCUCCUUACCUAAGGCUCCUGCCUUCUGGUUGUCCUUCACUUUGCAGAAAGAAUCUAGUCUUUGGCCUCACCCCUCUUCAUCUAGGUCAGCUGCUGUUCCCCUCACAGAUGUUCAACCCUACAGAAGGAGCUUGGACUAUCUAUCAUCCCUUUUACAAGGCUGGAUGGAGGAGGCUUCAACAUUCUCUGAGAAGUCAGAGACAAACUCUUUCAGGAGGUCAUAUGGACUUCUCAGGCCCUUGAUCAGAGAUGUGACGUGGUUCUUGGAUAUCCUUAUUAGCAGCCUCCUGGACCUCCUGAGGACUCUGUGUUGUCCACAGCUGUACUGGCCAUUACAUGAAACAACAAACCAAGCAUCUCUGCUGUUGUUAAUUAUUGUAUGUGCCAUUGUUACAGAACAUUUUUGGCUAGCCUCUAAUAAAUUCUCUUAUAGCA